AUUACUCCACUAUAUAAAUAGGGCCAAACAAACUUAAAACUAAACCACAAUCACAAACCAAAGCUUCCAAGCUUUUCUUAUUCAUUUCAACUAUCCCACACAAAAUGGACUGGACCAGAGGUCACACCAUUGGCCGUGGCUCCUCCGCCACCGUCUCCGUCGCCACCUCUCACCCGUCCGGUGACAUUUUUGCCGUGAAGUCCGCCGAGCUCUCGCAAUCCCAAUUCUUGCAAAGAGAGCAAAAAUUUCUGUCUUCUUUGGGCUGUCCCAAUAUGGUUAGCUACAAGGGGUGUGACAUUACUAGGGAAAACAAUAAGCUUGUGUACAAUAUUUUCAUGGAGUAUGCCCCGGGUGGCACACUCACCGAUGCAAUCCGGAGACACGGUGGCCGGCUUGACGAAUCGAUGAUCGGAUAUUAUGUUCAACAAGUUGUGCAAGGGCUAGAGUAUCUUCAUUCGAGUGGCGUAGUGCAUUGUGACAUAAAGUGUAGGAACAUUUUAAUUGGUCAAGAUGGUGUCAAAAUUGGUGACUUGGGUUGUGCCAAGUGGCUCAAUCCGGUGGCCGGAGCUAGUGACACGGCGCAAAUUGGCGGCACGCCGGCUUUCAUGGCACCGGAAGUGGCACGUGGGGAAGAGCAGGGGUACCCUGCUGAUAUAUGGGCACUUGGGUGUGCAGUGAUUGAAAUGGCCACCGGAGGCUCACCGUGGCCUAAUGUCACCGACCCAGUAUCGGUUCUUUAUCGGAUUGCAUUUUCCGGGGAGUUACCGGAGUUCCCAGAUGAUCUCUCCGAUCAAGCAAAGGAUUUUUUGAGCAAAUGUUUGAAGAUAGAUCCAAAACAGAGAUGGACAGCUAAGGAACUACUCGAACAUCCACUAAUUAGAGAAUUCAAUUCAGUGGCAAAACAAAUCCAAGACUUUGAUCAUUCAAAUUCUCCAACAAGUAUUCUUGAUGAAGGGUUUUGGAAUUCAACCCAAGAAUCAGAAACACUGGGUGAUCUGGUCCACACAAGCUGUUCGAGCUCGCCGGCGCGAAGGAUCGGACGGUUGUCUUGUUCAGGGAUGCCUGAUUGGACAUGGGAUGAGGAUUGGAUGACCAUUAGAAGCAACAGUGAUGAGAUGGUAGAGGAAAUUAUUGGUAAGGUGGACGGCCAAGCUAAAGCAAAAUGUGGGACAGUGACGGCUUCAAUUAGCCUUGAAUUGGAGUUGGAAGCAAUAAUUAGUGGUAAUGACCAUCUAAAAUUUCUUAGAUAGCGAAGUUAGUUGCAAUAAUAGUAGUAGUGAUAGUAUUUUGAUGUCAGGCAUAUGUACAGAGCAGAGUGUUGAUAGGAGCAGACUUGGUUUGUAGAGAGAGAAUUUGUUACUUGUUCACUCUCAUCAUUUCUUAUAAAAAAUUUAGGUUCAUUAUUCA